UGAGCCAGCCGAGCUCCCCGUCCUCCAGACCCGCACUGACACUCCGCCCGUCCCCCUGACACGCACCCGCACCACCAUGAAGAGGCAAAACGUGAGGACCCUCGCCCUCAUCAUCUGCACCUUCACCUACCUGAUAGUCGGCGCGGCGAUCUUCGACGCGCUGGAGUCCCGGGCGGAGACGACCCAGAGGAGGGACCUGGACCUGAAUAAAGAAAUGCUGCUCAAGACCUUCAAACUGUCCACGGAGGACUUUGAUAAGCUGGAGGAGGUGGUGCUGAAGCUGAAGCCGCACAAAGCCGGGGUGCAGUGGAAAUUUGCCGGCUCUUUUUACUUCGCCAUUACUGUGAUCACCACCAUAGGAUAUGGCCAUGCAGCCCCAAGCACAGUUGGAGGGAAGGUGUUCUGCAUGCUUUACGCCCUCCUAGGCAUCCCUCUCACCUUGGUCAUGUUCCAGAGCGUUGGUGAGCGGAUCAACACCUUCGUCAGGUUCCUGCUCCACCGUCUGAAGAAGUGCAUUGGCAUGAGGCGCACCGAGGUUUCCAUGGUCAACAUGGUCAUCAUCGGCUUUAUAUCCUGCAUGAGCACGCUGUGCGUUGGGGCACUGGCCUUCUCACACUUUGAGGGAUGGAGCUUCUUUCAUGCUUACUACUACUGCUUCAUCACGCUCACCACCAUCGGCUUCGGGGACUAUGUAGCGCUGCAGAGUGAGCACGCUCUGCAGAACGAGCCGAAGUAUGUGGCCUUCAGCUUCAUCUACAUCUUGACGGGCCUGGCUGUGAUCGGAGCCUUCCUCAACUUAGCAGUGCUGCGGUUCAUGACCAUGAACGCCGAAGACGAGAAGAGGGACGCCGAGCAGAGGGCUCUUCUCGGUCACAACGGUCAGGCGGGUGGACACAUCCACUGCUCCGCAGACCAGGCCUCCUCCUCUUCCGAGCCGUCUGGGUGUGGUGGAGGAAGCGCAGUUGGAGGUAGUGGGGGAGGGGCGGCAGGGGCGGCAGGCCGGGGUCUACGAAACGUUUAUGCUGAAGUGCUCCACUUACAAUCUAUGUGCUCUUGUCUUUGGUACAAGAGUAGAGAGAAGUUGCAAUACUCCAUACCCAUGAUCAUCCCACGUGACCUCUCCAGCUCAGACACCUACAUGGAGCAGGGAGAGGCUUUUUCCAACCCCAUGCACUCUAACGGCUGCGUGUGCAGCCUGCAACGCCACUCGGGCAUCAGCUCAGUUUCCACUGGUCUACACAGCAUCAACACCUACAGAAGACUCAAUAAACGCAGAAGCUCCAUCUAAACCUGGAGGACGUCAUGCUUUAAGGUCAAGUCCCACUAAGGGGCCGUUCUACUGUGGUAAUAAAUCAGCUGUGGACAUCAGCGGGACACAACUCCAGUCCUAAAGAGAUGUUUGCUUCUUUCUGGCACUGAAGAGCCUGGUGAUGCAGCUUCCAGACUCCACAUAUUUAACCUCCAUUAGCUAAGCACAAACCAUUAAACACUUGCAUCGUUUCUGAUGUCACUGACAAAUAAUGCUAAUGGUUGUUUAAGAAGCAUUCGUUACACGAACUGUUAGAAGACAGGCUGCAAAACACAUCGGCGGCUCUCUCUGCACCUCUGAAUUCUAAUAUUAACUAUCAUGAUAAUGAAUUCAGUAUUUUCUUUGUUCAUAAGAUUGAUUUUCAUGUUCUAAUAUGAAAAGGGACAAAGUACACUGUGAGACAUACUUUUAAGAGGGAUUGUGCGUAUUGUCCUCGAAAUGAAGAAAUAUUUUAUUGAAUAAUCUUAAACACACUUUUUCUUUGGUUGUAAGUAUUAUACUCACUGCAGUGAAAUGAUAUGAUGUAUAUAUUUAGAUACUUCACUACUACUGUAGGACUUAUUAAGGGAAAGCUUAUUUUUUCAGUGAAAGAUUUCAAAAAUAUUCUCUAUGUCUUCUCCCAUGUGUCUGUAAGUGAAGUUCAGGUUCAAGCCAAACUUUCUUGUCUGCUUCAUCUACUUUCCCUCCAUGAGAAAACUUAUAUUGACGGCAUUUAAAUGUUUUGAGUUUUGAUGGAGAGUGAUCAAGCACGUUUGGCUUAAAUUUCUUGCAGAAGGAUGGGACACUUGUAGCUGUUGUGGGAAUCAAACCCGUGACAUUGUCUCCAACCACUUAGGCCUCCCUGCCGACCCUUUCAGACCUCAUCGCUAUGAAUUGGUUUUUCAUAGUUUCUUCCUGUACAUCAAACUAUUUUAUGUACUUGUUUCUUAUCAUAUGUUUUGAUAUAGCACAACCUUAUUGUGAUAGUUUAACUUAGAGCAUGUAAGCUCACUUUGUGCAAAGUAGAGAGUCAUAUCUUAUUCACUGCUGCACCUUAGAAGACAGUUGUGUAUGCUUUUGGGCAUUCAGCGCACUAUUUUAUUUUUUAUUUAAUGGAAUCACAUUAUGUUUUGUUAUGUAAAUUAUACGCCCUUAUUAAUUCUUUCUUGUGUUAUGAGUCUGCAAUGUUUGAAUCGAUACUCUGUGUUAUUAACGAUUGAGAAUAAUAGCAGUUAAACUCACUUAUAAAUGGCCUCAGAGUUUGCACCUCAUGCACUUCGGGGUCUUUUCACCAGCCCCACCUAAACAAACUUGAUUCAGCCAAAUGAGGUCUUCAUGCAGUGUAAACUUUCUUCCUUGUUUUGGUCAUUUUCUUGCAUAAUCAUAAAUAUUUUUAUUUUAUUUGCUUUGGUUUUACUUUACAAUGUCUCAAAAUUGUGGUCAUAUCAAAUUCAUUUCAGUAACAUUUUCAACAUUGUUAUUGUUGUUCAUCCCUCAUGAGCUGAAAGAGGCACUGCAUUUGGCUUUUUGUGUAGCUAUACCUUUAUCAUAAAAAAAUUUCUU